UUUAACAACUCACGGGAAUGCCGUUGGCUAAUAUGCCCUUCUAAAAUCAUUGUUAAUAAGUAUCUUACGUUCGCUCUCUUUGGCGCACGUGCGCUGCUUUCGGUAUUUUUUUAUCGGUCGGAACAGCUGUUCGGCUGUAAGUUUUAUUCUCGCCAAUGUUUAUUAAUUCAAAUUCCGCUUUGAAGUGAUCAAAUGGAAGACAAAUUUUGCCACAGCUGGACAAGCUCUCCUCCAGUCGCCUCCGCAUCCUGGAAACUCCUGCAUUUCGUAUUCUGCAGUACCAUCGAAUAAAAUUCCCAGAAUAUUGCAUAAGAAACCUAAUAUUCCCAUCGAAGCUGCGACAGUUAAUUGAAAGUUCGACUUUGUAUUAAACAGUCAAUUGUUUCGCAUUUCGCCAAUUGAGGAAUUGAUUUUUAAUAACUACCCAAGUGGAGGAAUCAAGCGCUUUUGGCCUGCACUUCCCAUCGUACAGCCACAGUGGCCUGGAUCGAGAAAUCUAAUCGCGCCGCAGGGACCAUAAAUUAAUUCGAAGAGUACGCUCCGAAUCCGAAUAUGAGCAGGUACCAGAAAGGCCGAGGAGCCGGUGGCCCCACGAAUCCGGCUGGGCCAGUCUACGGCGUGAUCUCGUCGUCGGACGACACUGCUCCGAAUCUCGCGGAUUUCGCCAGAAGACCUUCACUUGAGGCCAGAAAAAGUGAGCUGGGCUUGUUCUUGAACUGGGGAAGCCCGAAAAUGAGUGUGGAAGUUGCGGCGAAGCUGAGAGAGCGCAGCUGGAUCGUCGACGUGCUGACCAUUUUCUUCGGCAUUGGCACCUGGUUGGGCGUUAAUGGUACUUUCAUUCAACUGCCCCUGCUCGUGGACGAGGCACCGGAGGGCUGGAGCCUGCCCUCCUACCUCAGCGUGAUGGUCCAGAUUGGCAACCUGGGUCCGCUGCUCUACACGGCCAUCCAGAAAUAUUCACCCAAAAAGUUGAACGACGGCUGGACAAUCCACGGAGUGCUCUUGGUGGGAGCCCUUUCUUGCUUACUAACGGCCUUCUUCUACAACCGGACUGCUACCGUGGCAGGAGUGGAUCACAGCCUGGCCCUAUUCGUGCUGACCUGCUUUACGGCGCUGAACGCCUGCACCAGUUCGGUACUCUUCAUGCCCUACAUGGGUCGCUUCAAGGAGCAGUACAUGGUCACCUAUUUCAUUGGCGAGGGGCUUAGUGGACUCCUGCCUAGCGUGACCGCUUUGAUCCAGGGAAUUGGCAAGAGCGGCGACUGUGUCUUGGUCAAUGUAACCGAAACCGGCCAGGAGAUCUACGAGCUGCAGAAGACACCGCCACGAUUUGACACCCGAGUUUUCUUCCUCAUCCUCUUCGCACUGAUGGUGCUUUCCUACGUGGGAUACACCCUGCUCAACUCCCUUUCAGUGGCCAGGAGGGAAUAUGCCGAAGUGACCGUCAGCGAGGGCAACAAGUACGUUUACGGAGAGGCGGAAAACCAACCCAAGGCGGACAAGCUCAGCAAGGGGCAGUACACAUACCUUCUGUUACUGAUCGGAGCCAUCUCGCUGUUCAGCAACGGGAUGUUUGGGAGCAUCCAGUCCUACUCCAGUGCCCCGUAUGGAUCCCAGGCUUAUCACCUGUCGGCCACAUUGAGUGUCAUUGCCAAUCCCGUGGCGUGCUUCAUGGCCAUGUUCCUGCAUUUCACAUCGCUACGCAUCAUCACCGUGCUCUCUAUCCUAGCUGGUGUGCUGACCAGCUACGUGUUUACCACGGCUGCCCUGAGUCCACUGCCGCCACUCCACGAUCAGACAGUGGGAGCCGUACUGGUGGUCACCGCUUGGACUUUGCUGGUAGGGAUCGUCAGCUACACGAAGCUGGGAAUCACCACCGUGAUGCGGGCGCAGGGCGGACAGUCGCUGGUAUGGGUGGGCGCCAUCACGCAGCUGGGGUCCGCUAUCGGGGCGGUGGCCAUCUUCUUCGCCAUUAACUACUCGGAUCUGUUUCAAGCCGCAGAGACGAGCUGCUGACCUAGCCGGAAGUCCGGCGGAACCGAAGUAUCCAGGAAUGCAUCGUGAUUUUUUAGAUGAUUUUAUUGUAGUAUAGUGUGAUAUUUUUAUAUAUGUAUUUUCACCUCCAUAGUCACAAUGAAGACAAUACCAAAAUA